CACGAAGAAGAAAGCUCCAGUUUGGUGGGGGGCGGUGUUGUUUUUAGCCUCGGCGGUGGAUGAGAAUGCUGUAGUUCCACACACAUUUGGAUGUAAAAAAAGUAAUGGGCUGAUUGCAAUUUGUGUUCAAGAUGGCAAAAGACAGAAUGUGCAUCCUCUGUGAAACAGUCCACAACUCCAAGCAGGAGAUGGAUGAACACAUGAGAAGUAUGCUGCACCACCGAGAGCUGGAGAAGCUCAAAGGACGGGACUGCGGACACGAGUGCAGAGUAUGCAAGGUGACGGUGGUGAGCCUGACCGAUUACGCCAGCCACAUCUCCAGUCCCUCGCACAAGCAGAACGUGGAGGCUGCGGAGAAAAAGCAUGCUGGGAACGCCCGUGACGAGGACUACUUCGAUCAGGUUUUGGUGGAUCUGAUUGAGAAGAGAAAAGAACAGAUCAGAAAAGACAAAGAGGCUGCUGCUGCAAAGCUGGCACAAGAAGAAGAGGAGCGAAAGCGGAAGGAGGAGUUUCAGCGGAGGUUAAAAGAAGCAAAGGAGCAUUACCAGAGGAACUGUGGCUGGCAGCAGCCAAUGCAGGGGUUCAGUGGAUCCACUCAUCAAAGUUCUUGGUACAGAGGCAACCGAUAUAAUGCCAGACCUGGAGAGGCACGACCCUGGCACAAUAAACAGGGUAAGAGUGCCACCUGGCAUGCACAGGAGCCUCCCAACUAUCAGAAUUGGUCAUCUGGAGAGUUUACUGGUGGGAGUUUGCACAGCCAGGAAGGCUGGGGGAACAAGCAGUGGGAUCAGGGUCAACGAAGUCGACUGCCUUGGCUCAGCAACGGAGGCAGUAGUCAUGGGGUCUAUGGCCGAAACAAUAUUUCACAGUGCCAACAAAGAAGCCGGCCUCUGAGCCUUCUGGGGCCUCCUCCGAUGUAUCCACCUGCACCCACUUUUUUUGCCAAGGCUCUUAACCAGUUUCAAAAUCCAGGCAAUGAUCAGGAAGUUCAGCAAGAUGAUGGGGUUCAGAAUGGGGAGGGCCAGACGGCAGAGCCCGACCACAACUGCAGUAAGAGCUCGAAGACUUUUGGUAGCAAUCCAAAGCUGGACAAAGCCUGUCGCUGGUCACCGUAUCCAGUCACCAAGGGUUUUGAAUCUGCACCCCAUAAGGAUACUCACCCAAACUCACCAGAGAGCUACCCCAGUGUCCCCAAACCUCAGUGGCAGGACAAAGCACCAGAAACCAGUGCCUUUAAGAGGCAGUCCCGACCCGAGCAGAGACCCGGGCAGUUCAACUCGAGUGGGCAAAGUGUGGAAGAUAAAGGGAAGCAUAAAACAAACCCCCAAAUCAAACCCAGAGAUCGGAGUAGCAGCGGCAGUAGAAGCAGCAGCACUCAGGGAGAUGGAUACCAGAACUCCGCAUCUGGUUCUUCCAAUCAGAAAGCAAGUAAGCCAGUGGCGCAGAAAGUUCGGACAAUUUUGGGUCUCAACAUUGGAGCUAAACCCAGCAAGGCCUCCAAUGAAGCGAAUGCACAAUCAAAAUCAACCACAAAGCCGAGUGGAGUCAGUCCUCAGGCUGUUGGGCCUCUUCGAUCAAGGCAACAACGGCAGCUCCCAGAAACGUUCAGGAAAGCCAUGCAGACUGUGUUAGAAAAGAGGAGCUCUUUGGAAAGCUCCCGAAGCAACAGGAUGGAAACGUCGCUGCACAUUGUGGAGGAGCAGCAGAGGGAUCAUGUGCAGAGUCAGGUUGGAGUGAACAAAGAAAACAGCUGUAGGCAAAAUGCUACUAAACCAAAUCUACCAGACUUAGCCAGGCCAGAAAAGCCUUUGAUGCAGUCUGCAGACAGCGAUCAGUUCCUCCAGUCAUUGCAGGUUAGCACCUCUACAAUGGAGAGCUCUGAACCUGCAGCCACAAGCAGAGAAGAUGAGGAGGACAGGAAGAAAGAGAAGGAAACAUGCUCAGCAGCCGCAGAUGAAACCAUGCAGGCCGUGGAAGCAGGACAGAGCUCAGAGAGUGACACCUCCAGGAGUGGUGAAGCACAGCUGGCCUCAGGGUCAAACACGUCAAGUCUGUCCAAGCUCGACCUGCCUCCUGUUUUAAAAAGAGACCUGACCAAACACAUCAGCUCCAAGAGUAAAACAUUAGGCCUUGAGCCCAACCUGAACAUCGCCAGACGGGUGAGAAACCUGAGUGAGUCGAAGAGAAGCGACACAGAAAAAGACUCGGGGCUCAAACCGACUGUACGGCAGCUCAUCAGCGCCUCCGGAUCUCGACGCAAUGUGAACUGGGAGCAGGUGUAUCAGGAGGUCAGGAAGAAGCAGGACAAAGGAAAAGGCAUGCCAAGGUUUGGGAUAGAGAUGGUGCCGUUAGACCAGGAGGACCAGAGCCAGGAGGAGGAUGACGUUCCCGUCUUAGAGGGUUUCCAGUGGGACUCGUUGUUGGACAGCUCCACCUCAGGCGCCUCCAGAAAACGCUCCUUAUCAGAGAGCAGCGUCGCCCCUGCGUCCUCCCUGUUUACCUCCCUGAUGUCAAAUGAGUCAGCACAGGAGAUGAAGGAAUCCUCUGUUUCUUCCACUCCUGUAUACGCUCAAGGGAACAAAGACAGUCAGCAUCGGCAAGAGGUAGAACAGAUACUCGGCCAGUUUGAGGCCAAAGCGCAGAAGCAGCCAGACAAACUGACGUCGGCGUCUGUGAAGGCCCUCCAGAGGUCUGAUUCAGUGCUUGGGGACAGCAGCUCAGGGACGGAGCUGUACGAUGGCCAGGGGACGGGAAAGAGGCGAAGAGCAGCGGGGGACGUGCAUAGUGCGGAGACUUCCUGCUUGGAGCACAAUAACAAAAGAAGGAAGGUUAAAUCUAAAAGAGAGCGUUUACAGAUCGACCAGCUGCUCUCUGUGUCUCUGCGGGAGGAGGAGCUGAGCUGCUCCCUGCAGACUGUGGACACCAGCCUGAUCCAGGCCCGGGCUGCACUGCAGGCCGCUUACAUGGAGGUGCAGCGGCUCAUGGUGGUUAAAGAGCAGAUUACUGGAGAGAUGAGCACCCUGAGAAACAAGCGCAUUGAGUUACUAAAAGGGAUGCAAGGUACCAGGGUGGAAGAACCUCCGGUCAAGCUGAAAGAGGAGAAGACUGAUUCAGUACAAGCUGAGCCACAGGUUCCCUCCUCCGUUACUCUGUCGUCUGCUACGGACUUUGCAGCUACUGCUGUCCCCAGUCCCAGUCCUCCUGCCGAGUGCGCCUCCCCUCCCACCUCCAGCCUCCCCGUAAUGCCUCAUGUAGUUAUCAAGCAGGAGCCUCAGUCUCCUGUUCACGUCAGCUCAGAGCUGGACCCUGUGGACGACACAACCCACCUCGCUCACAGCACCACUCCAGAGCUGCCUGUCGCUACUGCUGCAGCCUCUCCACCAGAUCCUGCCCUUAACUUCCAGCCAUCUCCUGACAAAAGGCCUGAACUGUACCAAACUAAAACAGAACAUAACUGGGAGAACUUCAGCGUUCCUGCAGACAGCAAAGAAAGCCUGUCAGGACUGGUCGAGACAACAGAAAAGAGCGUACAGGCAACAAAUAACUGUGUCACCCCGGACUUCAAACCUCCCUUAAAGCUUCUGUCAGCCAGCAGGAGGAGCUCUGAGGUGGGGAGUGUUGGUGACUGUGCAGCCACACAGUCCCUCCUUGAGCCCCCGUCAAUCCUGAAUCUGCCUUUCUCUCCAUCUGAUCUGAGGAGCGGAAAACGUGUGAGGAGGCUGAAGAAGAGGAAAGCGCUGAAGAAGGCUCAAGGGACGGAGCCGCCCGAGAGCAGCGACACAGAGCUAGAUGGAGAGGCCUUGAGUCCGAGGUGGCUUCGACCUCGCCGGAGACCCAGUGGAAGCUCUCAGGUCAGCACCUCCACGCAGCCUUCAGAGGAUAGAGACGCUGACGUGAACAUGGAGGGGGGCGAGGAACCCCCAAGGCAGCUAUGUCCAACCAUUAAACAUGAGACAUCAGACCCCAAGUCCCCCAAACACAUGGUGGAACUUCCCCAGGCGCCCCCCUCUGAAUUAACGUUGAACUUAGAUUCAGAGGAAAACAUGGAGGUCAGCACAGCCUGUUUGCAGCCCCACGUGGAUGCCCUGGUCCCAGACUCCUCCAGACCUGAACCACAGAGCCUGGCUUGCAACGAGGUCACCUCCACCAGUGACAUGGAUAUAUGUAAAUCCUCUGAGAGCGACGUUCCGUUUCUUAUCACAUAUCCAAAGAGUGCGAAGAACUCAUCAGACGCAUCAUCUGACCAUGGAGAGGACGAUCUGCCCACUGAGGGUGUGUUCGAGGGCCACCAGGAGGCAGUGAACGCCAUGCAGAUCCACAACGGGCAGCUGUACACGUGUUCAGGAGACCGGACCGUCAAAGCCUUCGACUUGGUGACUCAUAAAUGUGUCGGCGUGUUUGAGGGUCACAGCUCCAAAGUGAGCUGCCUGUUGAUAUCCGCGGCUCCCUGCCUGCACCAUCGCCUUUAUUCUGGGUCCAGUGACCAGACCAUCCGCUGCUACAGUCUCAAGACUCGAGAGCUGGAGCAGCAGUUCUCUCUGUCAGACCGAGUCCUCUGCCUCCACAGUCGCUGGAAGUUUUUGUUCGCUGGUCUGGCAAACGGCACAGUGGUGACCUUUAACCUCAAGACAAACAAGCAGAUGGACGUGUUCGAGUGCCACGGGCCGCGAGCUGUCAGCUGUCUGGCCUCGUCUCAGGAGGGAGCUCGGCGAAUCCUGCUGGUCGGUUCUUACGACAGCACCAUCAGCGUGAGAGACGCCAAGAACGGACUGCUGCUGCGCACGCUGGAGGGACACACCAAGACUGUGCUCUGCAUGAAGGUGGUUAAUGACCUGGUGUUCAGUGGGUCCAGUGAUCAGUGUGUCUACGCACACAACAUCCACACAGGAGAGCUGGUGCGGGUCUAUAAGGGUCACAGUCAUGCUGUUACUGUUGUGUCUGUCCUGGGGAAGGUGAUGGUGACCGCUUGUCUGGACAAACUGGUCCGCGUCUACGAUCUGCAGUCUCAUGAGCAGCUGCAGAUUUAUGGUGGACACAAGGACAUGGUGAUGUGUAUGGCCAUCCACAAGAACAUGAUCUACACGGGCUGUUACAAUGGCAGCGUGCAGGCCGUCAAGCUGAACCUGAUGCAGAACUACCGCUGCCGGUGGCACGGCUGUUCGCUGGUGUUCGGGAUGAUGGAGCAUCUGCAGCAGCACCUGAUCAACGACCACUCCAGCGCCAACGUCCAGACGCUCAAGUGCCGCUGGAAAGACUGCGAGGAGUUUCUCUGUGCACGCAACAGCUCCAAACAGGGGAUGCUGGUGCACCUGAAGAAACACGUGGAGGAGAUUGAACUGGAGCCUUAAGGGCUGCUCGAGCCCUCUUCCCUUCCCCCCCCAUCUUUCCCCCCAACUCUUAACCUCCCAUAUUGGGGGGGAUGUUCUUGGGACCCACUUCCUGUCGAGUGGCGUCCGACGACUCCAUCCUUAAUGUUCGGUGUUGGAAUCCAACCAUAAUACAAUCAUAAAAGGAGGGUUGGAUGGGCUGUUGUUGUUGUUGCUGUUUUUUUUUUACGUUCUACAAACACACGCCUUCCUCUCUCUUUCUCUGACCACUGCAGUUCCUAUUUUCACUGACCAAACUAAGACAAAAAAACAUGUGACUUUGUGUUAAUUGAAGAAACUCGAGCGUUGCCAGAAUCAGAGGGAUUUGUCGCACUUUUCCGUUGAAGCCGCAGUGGAAACCAACAGCCAUCGUCCGGAUCAGUUGACUUUAAUAUGGCAUGGGCUGAGAGAUGUUUUUAAUCGUUGUUGUGCAGUUGUGAUGUGUCAUGUCGAGCAACUUCUAGUUUUAUUUUAUUUUACUGAGACAUAUUCACUCAAAGUGACUUUAUAAGAAUAAAGAAGUGAUUCAAAGUUUUUAGAAAUUGGUGGUGUUGUCCGCCGAGUCGUGUUUCAGUUGUUUUGAAGGAGUUUAAUUGAAGUGACAGUUUAUUCUUUUUUUUUUUUUUUUGGUUUGGUUUUUAUUUUAUUUUCAGAAAAAAACAAACAAUAUCUAACAAUCACUUUUUUGUGUUGUUAGCGGAUUACUUCUUAUUUAUUUUUUUUGUUGCUCAGUGAUAUUAAGGCGUUGAGGGACUUUGGUGCAGUGUCGUGUGACUUGGCCUCAGGUUGCCAUUUUGAGAAUUUACAUUUGCAGUGAUGACAGAACCAAGACGUGGUGGCGUUUGUGUGUGUGUGUGAGACUGUGUGUGUUCCUACAUGUGUUUAUCUGUGUGGGUUUAAUCUUCCUCAACCCUGUUUUCCACGAGUGAGUGUGACGUACUGUUUUCACGAGGCAGUUUCCUCCUCGGAGAUGUCGUUCUUUUUGGAAUUUAUUUUAUGUUUGGAGCAUCGAGCUGCUGUAUUUUCCACAGUGAAGAUAGUUUUUCUAAUGAAGUGUGGAGGUGAAGGAUGUUUCGAGGAGGUGUUUGAUGGAAGAGCUUGAAGGGAAGAAUUAGGAAUUCAUCUCCCAUGCCAUACCUCACCCUCUCAAGACAAACAAAUCGGUUACACAAAGGCAACCGUUUUUAGCCAGUUUUGACAGCCCAGCCGAUGCUUUCUUUAACACACUGUGGUGUGGUGACAGCUCUCUUGGUUGUGUCCUCCUUUGAGGAUUCUGUUUCUCAGCAGAGUAACCGUGACGUUCUCGCAGCCGCCGUCUUCCAAACUCGCCUCAUCCGCUCGUUAUUUAUGACCGAGGAAAGCGUGCAGUCCACCUCUUACCUGGCAUUCCUGAGUUUCUUCAAGUUUUUCAGUCGUAAUCGAAGUUGUGAAGAGAUAUUUUAUAAGAAAGUGCAAAACAUUGUUAAUUAUAAAAAAAUAAUAAAAAAUGUUGCAACAA